AACUUCAACAACUUUUCUUGUAUGAAAACGAGUUAGUGGGACCCAUUCCAUCCUCAAUUUCCAAAUGUCAGAAUCUCGAAAAAUUCUUGAUUUGGCUUCUAACGGUUUGAUUGGGAAUAUUCCUCCAAGAAUCUUUCAGUUCAAGAAACUGAAAAUAAUCUAUCUUUCCUCCAACAAUUUCUCGGGUGAAAUACCGGAAAAUAUCGGAAACUGUUCGUCUCUAAUUUGGUUCGAAGUUGGAGAUAACAAGCUUGCAGGGCCGAUACUGAGAGAGAUUGGGAACUUGGAAAAUCUAGAUAUCUUGGGUCUCGGUUUGAAUCGAAUUUCGGGAAAUGUACCUGCUGAGAUCUUUGGCUGCCGAAACUUGGCGUAUCUCAAUUUGCAUUCUAAUUUGAUCACCGGAAACUUUCCCGGUAAGUUAAGCUGCCUUGUUUUGUUGCAGUUUGUUGAUUUUUCCAAUAAUUUUAUUGAAGGUACUUGGCCACUUCAUGUAUUUCCACGGCACAUUGUUUUCUUUUCAAUCUCAAGGAACAAUUUAAGCGGAGAGAUCCCUUCCUCGGUUUGCAAUCUCAAUUUUGUUAACUACCUUGAUUCCUCUCAUAAUCAUUUUAGUAUGAUUCCUCCAUGUUUGGGAAAUAUGAGUGAUCUCAUAAAUUUGGAAUUGCGAAAUAACAAUCUUCGCAGCGCCAUCCCUAAAUUUGUAAAGUGUAGUAACUUGAGAAGUCUUAAACUGGCCGACAAUCAAUUAGAAGGGCCAUUGCCAUGUUCAUCGGUCAAUUGCAAGAAAUUAGAAAUUCUAGACGUUGCUAACAACAGGCUUAACGACACAUUCCCUCAUUGGUUGGUAAAUCUUCCAGAGUUGCGGGUUCUCUUAUUGCGAUCAAACAACUUUAAUGGUUCCAUAGGCAAUCACAAGACUAAAUUCUCAUUCCCUAAUUUGAGAAUUAUAGACAUCUCUCACAAUAUGUUCCAUGGUCAUUUGCCAUCAAACCUUUUCAAGUAUUUAUCAGCCAUGAUGAAUGGGAACAUGGAUAACGAUGGAUUGCAAUAUAUGGGUGAUGAUUAUCAUUUUUUUUAGAAGAGAUAUGGAUGAUGAUAAUUAUUCUCAUAAUGAUUCUGUUACAAUUGAUGUUACAAUUGAUAUUAAAGGGAAUUAUAUUGACGUGGUGAAAAUACUAACUCUAUUGAAAACUAUUGAUUUUUCCAACAAUAGUUUCAAAGGAGAAAUUCCAAAGGUAAUUGGAAACCUUGGAUCACUUAAAGGGCUAAAUUUUUCACACAAUAAUCUUAUGGGUCAUAUACCUAUAUCAUUCGGAAAUUUAACUAAUCUUGAAUGGCUAGAUCUCUCCUCAAACAAGCUCACAGGCAACAUUCCUAUACAAUUGACAAAUCUUACAUCAUUGGAAAUUUUAAAUCUCUCAAAAAACCAUCUUGUGGGAUUGAUACCUCAAGGUAAACAAUUCAAUACAUUUACAAAUGCUACUUACAGUGAAAACUUGUGUUUAUGUGGAUUUCCAUUGAGAAAAAUUUGUGGCAAUGAUGAGGGACAACAACCACCACCAUCACCAACCAUCCAAGAAGAUGAUGUUGGGUUUGCAAAUGGAUUUCAUUGGAAAGUUGUAUUGUUGGGAUACGGAUGUGGUUUCAUGUUCGGAUUAGGUAUGGGAUAUCUUGUGUUCUCAAGUGAAAAACCAAAAUAUCUCUUGACUAUUAUUUAUGGAGAACGACGCAACAAGGUAUGAAGAUCCAAGAAGAAUGCUCAUGGAAGAAUUAGUUGAAGCAAAAUUUUGCAAAUACAAAUAAUGAUUUCAGAACAAAGAAGAUGUUGUUGGUUGGAUCGCUUGAAGAGUGGAGUUAAUUUUUUAGUACAAAGUAAGAUGUUUUAAUUAUGCACGUUUUAAUUCAAUUAUGUUUCUCCUAGAGUGUAUUUUUUUUUUUCGUCAAAUGUGUUGAAAUAAAACUUUAUUUUGAUAUAACUAAGCUGUGAUGCAUUUUGUUUCU